ACCGGACCAGUGAAGCGGCUGUGCCCCUUGCUUUGGACCUCGGGCCUCACUUCUCCUCCAGAUGGACCCCAAGUGCUCCUGCCCCACUGGCGGCUCCUGCAGCUGCGCUGGCUCCUGCACCUGCAAAGCCUGCAGAUGCACCUCCUGCAAGAAGAGCUGCUGCUCCUGCUGCCCCGUGGGCUGCGCCAAGUGUGCCCAGGGCUGCGUCUGCAAAGGGGCCUCGGACAAGUGCAGCUGCUGUGCAUGAUGUCACAGAGAGCCUGCCCCGGGUGUCAACAGAGCAACCAGGACGAACCUGCAUUUUACCGUUUUCCAUACAACCGGAC